ACCCACAAUCACACACACACCGUCAUUGGCUUUGUCUCUUCUAUAACUACCCGUACUAUAACAAGGCAAGAUAAAAGAAGACAAGAUGAGCGGCCAAAUGACGAUGAUGGAGCGGCUGAAGAAGGCGGGCAAGACCAUGGUGGAUGCCGGGGCCAAAACAAUGCUGAAGACGGACAUUGUAUUUUUGGAUCGCGAGAUUAAGCUACGCAAGCAAUCGUUUGGCAUUGAAAUUUACGAUUUGAUGGAAGAAUUGGAAUCGAACGCAGAGUUGAACACAAGCCAAAAAGAAUCCAAAAUUCGCAAUGCAUUUGACCAGGCCCGAAAAGAUAUUGCCGUCAUACAAGCCAAGAAGGAGUGCAAGAUAGAAGAAAUGGCAGUUUUGGAAGCAGAAGAAAACGGACAAGGACAAGAUUUCAAAAUCCCUCCAUCCAGCGGUACUGUUCUGACCAAUAGUCAUCCCAGUGGUUCGGAUGAUCAUUGA